AUGUUCUCCCUGUCGGUGAUGGUCGGCCUGGUCCCCAUGGUGUCUCUCUUUGGGUUGUUCUACUCCGCUGCGGUGGAUGAGAACUUCCCUCAGGGCUGCACCAGCGCUAACAACGUCUGCUUCUAUAGCCUCCUGCUGCCCGUCACCAUCCCCGUCUAUGUCUUCUUCCACCUGUGGAGCUGGAUGGGAAUCAAGCUCUUCAGGCACAAUUAAUCUGGACUAAGAAUACAAAUGAUGCCCAUUCAAAGCUCACUUGGCUUGAAGACUUAUAUAACUAAUUACAACAUAUUACCAGUUUAAUAAAGAUUCAUAUGAA